AUGGCCUCAUCAUCCUCAAAUGUCGUCGGUGUCCAUUACCGAGUAGCCAUCAAAUUUGAACCUCGAAAGAGCGAUGCUCCUCAGCUACGAGAUGAAUACCGAACCUACAAGAUUCUCGUGGGAUGCCCCGGUAUUCCCAACGUCUACUACUUCGGCCAGGAAGGCCUUCAUAACAUACUCGUCAUCGAUCUUUUGGGACCUUCGCUCGAGGACCUCUUUGACCGAUGCGGCCGACGAUUCUCCAUCAAGACUGUUGUCAUGGUCGCUAAGCAGAUGUUGUCGAGGGUUCAAACCAUCCAUGAGAAGAACCUCAUUUACCGUGAUAUCAAGCCGGAUAACUUCUUGGUGGGCCGCCCCAAGACCAAGGCCUCGAAUGUCAUCCAUGUUGUCGAUUUCGGCAUGGCCAAGCAGUACCGCGACCCCAAGACCAAGCAGCACAUCCCCUAUCGCGAGCGAAAAUCCCUCUCUGGUACCGCUAGGUAUAUGAGCAUCAACACCCAUCUAGGACGAGAGCAGUCCCGACGUGAUGAUCUCGAGGCUCUGGGUCAUGUCUUCAUGUACUUCUUGCGAGGCGGCCUUCCCUGGCAAGGACUCAAGGCUGCUACCAACAAGCAGAAGUACGAGAAGAUUGGCGAAAAGAAGCAGACCACCGUGAUCAAGGACCUCUGUGAGGGGUUCCCUGAAGAGUUCUCCAAAUAUCUGACCUACGUCCGCAACCUCGGCUUCGAGGACACCCCCGAUUACGAUUACCUCCGGGACCUCUUUACUCAAGCUCUGCACUCCGUCGGCGAGGUUGAGGAUGGCGAAUACGACUGGGACAAGGUGUCUAGCGAGUCGGGAAAAGGCUGGGAUUCGGGGAAGCACGGCCCCGGGUAUCUGCACAACCCCAACGCGCGCCCCGGCCCUUCCCAGAUGGAGCUGCAUGGCAGCCGCCACAUGACCAACUCGUCUCCUCACCAGCAAGCCCAGAACCUAACAGUCGGCCGUUUAAACGCCGCGCAACCCCCCUCCUUCACCGAUCAAGCAGCUGAACAAGCCGAGAGAUCGGUCAAACGUCCCCGGCGCUCUGGGCACGCCGAUGGGCAACGGGGUGGGGGUCAUCACGGAUUGCCGACGCCCAACGGCUCAACUCAAGCUCAGUUCCAGAACAGCACUCAAAACCUCCCACAGAGACCGGCUCAGGCGCCCCAUAUGACUGCCCAGCCGCAGGUCAAUAAUGGACAGGCUGUGAACGGCGCUGCCAACCCGGAACCCACCGGCUUCCAGAAGUUCAUCAAGACGAUCUGCUGUGGUUAA